CUCCUCUCUCUUUCUACGUACCAUAUAUUAACAACUCCCAAUCCCAUUCUUGCUUGCAAUUACAUAAAGCUAAACCAUUAUCUCAAUUCUCAAAUAAGAUCCUCGUAGCUUCCUUGAUUAAAAUGGCUUUCUCUAAUGCUUUGGUUUUAUGCUUCUUUUUAGCUAUCACUAUGCCAUUGCCGACUCUGGCAACAAACCACAUUGUUGGAGAUGGUUUAGGUUGGACAGUUGGUCCUGAUUAUAACACAUGGACUAGUGACAAAACCUUUGCAGUUGGUGACAGUCUCGUGUUCAACUAUGUAGCUGGGCACACAGUGGAUGAAGUUAAAGAAAGUGACUAUAAAUCAUGCACAACUGGAAAUUCAAUUAGUACAGACAGUAGCGGUGCCACAACCAUUCCCCUCAAAGAAGCGGGAACACAUUACUUCAUAUGUGCUAUUCCUGGACAUUGCACAUUUGGCAUGAAACUCUUUGUUAAGGUUAAGCCUUCUUCUGCUGCUCCUUCUGCAACACCAUUACCAUCAGGGAAAGGUUCACCUUCCGAUCGCACCCCUGCCGCAACAACCACCACCACUACUCCUACCAUACAAAGUGCAUCUUCAGCUACUACCAUCUCACCAACUGUUGCUUUCUUUUUCACUGUUUCCUGGAUCUUGAUCCAUCAUAUAUUAGUGUGAUGAGAUAAUUUUAUGAGAGGCGGUGCUUCGUUUAUUUUCCUCUUCCGUGUCAUUAUCUAUUAAUUUAAUUUAAAUUCUUGUAUGAUCUAUUCAGACUUAUGGAGGUUGUAGUAUUAAUCAUCAAUCUAGGA